GGAAGGAAGGAGAGAGAGAGAGAGAGAAGGAGGAGGGCAGGGUAGAGAACAAGGAAACAGGAAAUCCUCGUUCAGGAUCCUCAUAAGGAAGCAGUCUCCAUCGCAGCUCGCACAGAAGACAGAGGGAGGUUUGGCAGCUAAUCCAGCCAGGCUUAUCCACAGGGGAGUCAAAACAACAAUCACAUCACAACCCCCUCAGGGCCCUGGGUCCACAGGGGGGAUAUAUAUCAAACGACUCUCAGAGAACUCGAUGGAUGCGAUGGGGCCGCAGCGAGAGCCCAGACAGGCGGACGGACAGGCGCCCCUGCCCACAGCCCCCCCCUCAGUGAAGAGAUCUCAGCCCCUGAGCAUCCAGAACUCCAGGCUGAAGGAACAAGACUCGAUACCCAAUCCCUUCCCUGAGCUCUGCAGCCCUGCUCACUCUCCCAUCCUGAUUGGCUCCCCGCUGGGCACAGGCACACCCCCUGCACCCGGCACACACCUGGUAAAGGUCUGCAUUGAGGACGGGCGCUCGCGAUCUCUGGGGGUUCCUGAGGGGGCCACAGCGAGGGACGUGUGCAGCCUGCUGGUGCAGCGCACCCAGAGCAGAGACCAGGAGACAUGGGCACUGGUGGAGAUACACCCCCACCUGGGGCUAGAGCGCUGUCUGGAGGACCACGAGAUCGUUCUGGAGAUCCAGGCCACCUGGCCACUAGAGGGCGACAGCAGGUUCCUGUUCCGCAAGAACUACGCCAAGUAUGAGUUCUUCAAGAAGCCCAUGCACUUUUUCCCAGAGCACAUGAUCUCAGACUGUCUGGACAUCAACAAGGGCAUGACAUCAUCAGAACUCAUCCAGAACCUGCUGCUGUCGGGCAGCUGCCCGGAGAUCCAGGGCUCCCUACAAGUGCGGGAGACGGGCAAGAAGGGCUGGAAGAGAAGCUGCUUCUUCCUCAGGAAGUCGGGGCUCUACCACUCCAACAAGGGCAGCUCCAAGGAGCCCCGGCACCUGCAGUACGUGGCUGACCUGGAGGAGCUAAAUAUCUACAGUGUGUCUCAGAGCAGGAAGCUAUACGGGGCCCCCAGCGACUUCACAUUCUGCAUCAAGCCCUGUCGGAAGCGUUUUUGCGCACGGGACCUGAAGCUGCUGUGUGCCGAGGAUGAGAGAACGAGAGCCUGCUGGAUCACAGCCUUCCGACUGUUCAAGUUUGGGCAGCAGCUGCGGUGUAAUUACCAGCUCUCCUUGUCGACGAAGAAUCAGGACAGAGGCCGGCUCCCCCCAGGCAAGAGUGCGUCGGAGGCUGCCCUGGUAGCGAUGGAUUUCUCUGGGAAGGAGGGGGGACGAGUGAUCGAAAACCCCAAAGAAGCACGAACCGUGGAGCAGGAGGAGGGUCAAGCAUGGAGGAAGAAGACUAGUCACCGGUACAGCCUGCCCAGCUCCUACCAAUACUCCCUCAGCGCAGUGAUUCAUCGCACGCAGGCCUGGUUUCAUGGUGGAGUCUCGCGGAAGGAAGCUCAGCAGCUCAUUCAGGAGCAGGGCCAGGUGGACGGGAUGUUCCUGAUUCGAGAGAGCCAGCAGCAUGCAAACUGCUUCGUCCUGUCGCUGUGCUACCAGCGGAAAACCAAACACUACCUCAUCAUCCAGUGUGAAGAGGAGGGCAGGCUCUACUACACGAUGGAUGACGGCCUCACUCUCUUCACGGAUCUCAUUCAGCUCGUGGAAUUCCACCAGAUCAACUGCGGGAUCCUGCCCGUGCGACUCAAACACUACUGCGCCUGCGUGGCGCUGUAACGAGACCUCCACACCACUGGGGGAGCUGUCUGUCUGUCUGUCUGCCUGCCUGUCUGUCUGUCUGCCUGCCUGCCUGUCUGUCUGUAUAAUCGUGCUGAUAGGUGCUUGUAUUUAUACUUCAUGCUAGUCUGUGCUUUCUGUGAAAAUCCGUUCACUUCUGUUCUGAAAUACUCUGUUUCUCAAACAGCAGCCUGGUGCAGUCCCCGCUUCUCCCCACAAGAGGGCAGAUUGGUACUAAACAAUAGGCAGAUUUCCAUGCAUUUAUAGAUUUGCAUGAGUAUUUACUCAUACUGAGUAUGCAGGAUACUUAUCUGGAAUAUAUCCCCUUCAGUCACUGCCUGUAUAAUUGCACCAUGCUAAAUUUCCUAUCUAUGUAUCUAUUUUAUAAUGCAUAGAUGGGUUUUUUUCAAAUUUUUGGCCGGGCAACUUCUAAAAACCCACAGAGUUCAUACAAACUGUUUUAAACUUUCUAAAACUUAAAACAAAAUAUCGCGAUGAAGGGGAUAUAAUCCAUUUUAACUGAACUUUCUAAUACGUUUUUUUUUUAAAAAUAAGGCCAGUUGUUUUGUUAUCAAAUCUAUUGUAUAAUAUAUAUAUGUUACAAAAAAAAAAAAUUCUAAAAACUAAACCAAGUACAUAAUUUUCCAAGUAUCUAUUUAAUGUUGUUAUAUUUUGUACAAAACUGGGUUUGUAAAUGCAAGAUUGACCAAGGAAGAGUUCAACCCUAUAUGUAAUUUAUAAACCUGUAAAUAAAAAGGCAUUUCCUAUUAAAAUAAUGUUUUAUUUAUAUAU